AUGAGCAAUUGUACGCGGCUAAAAGAUUUACCGGCAAGAAUCGACAACAUGGCAAGUUUUCAGGAAAAUGCAACAAAUGUGGACGAUUCGGGCACAAGGCAAAGGACUGCAGACAGUCAGGCAGCGUCAAAUCCGAGUGGUAGACCCACAGCGGCAGAGUUUUUGCGCCACAUGACCUCGACCCCGCACGCCAAGAGACAAAUGGACCCACAAACACGUAAGCAGUUUGCGCGAUUUUUGGCACCCGACGAGCUUCAAGAAUUUUAUUGGUGCAACAGAAAUGGAGUAUUCCCGAAGGAUUUGGUUUCGUGUGACCUUGAGCGGAUAACCGGCACGAUAAGAGAUACUGAGACUGGAUAUGAUCGACACCGCAUUCCAGGCAGCAAGAUUUACAACGAAUGGGCGCGCAUAGACGACGCGUCAGCAGACAUGGACUAUGGAUACUUUGAACGCACAGCCCCUUGGAUCAGCAGUGAUGACGUGGCAAGACAUUACGAAGGCGAUUGCACCACCCCCUCAGGUAUGGCGAAACUGGACGUCCAGUUAUCUCCUCACAUCUUUCAUAUUCUAUCUCCACAGGCCUCAUAUACUCUUUCUUAA